UCUGUUGCUCUGGUUCUAGCGGCUUCUGAUUGGCUGCUGCCGUACCGUCAGCCAAGAAGCAUCUGCGGCUCGCGCUGUGCCAGCUGUCCUCCUCGCGCACUCUGCUGGUGCUCGUUAACACACACAAGCUUGGCUGGAGGAGGGUGUAGGAAUCCGAAAAGGAAAAGGACUAUGGCUGCUAACAUGGGCUCCAUGCGUAUCCUCAUCAAAGGAGGGAAGGUGGUGAACGAUGACUUCACACAGGAAGCAGAUGUUUACAUUGAGAAUGGCAUCAUUCAGCAGGUGGGGAAGGAGCUGAUGAUCCCAGGUGGGGCCAAAGUGAUUGAUGCAACUGGAAAGUUGGUGUUACCUGGAGGGAUCGAUACCUGCGUGCAUCUGCAGGAGACGUUUAUGAACGCCAGCAUUCAGGAUGACUUCUACAGCGGCACCAAGGCGGCCCUGAUGGGUGGUACUACCAUGGUAAUGGCACUGGUUCUGCCUGAACAACACUGCUCCCUGCUGGACGCCUAUGAGAAGUGCAGAGCUAAGGCAGACGCUAAGGCGUGCUGUGAUUACGCUCUGCAUGUCGGGGUGACCUGGUGGGGACCAAAGGUACAUAAUGAAAUGGAGAGCCUGGUGAGGGAGCAUGGAGUGAACUCUUUCCAGAUGUUUAUGGCCUACAAAGACCUGAUGAUGCUGCGGGACUCAGAGCUCUACCAGGUGCUGCAGACCUGCAAAGACAUUGGGGCCAUCGCACGCGUCCACGCUGAGAACGGAGAGCUGGUGUCGGAGGGUGCCAAAGAGGCGCUUGAUUUGGGAAUCAGUGGACCAGAGGGGAUAGAGAUCAGUCGACCAGAGGAGCUGGAGUCUGAAGCUACUCACAGGGCAAUCACAAUCGCCAACCGGGCCCGCUGCCCCAUCUACCUUGUGAAUGUGUCCAGUAUGUCUGCUGGAGACAUGAUCGCUGCAGCCAAGAUGCAGGGUAAGGUGAUCCAUGCCGAGACCACAGUGGCCCACGCUGUUCUGAACGGGCUGCAGUAUUACCAUCAGGACUGGGCUCAUGCUGCCGCUCACGUCCUCGUCCCGCCUCUACGCCUGGACCCGAACACACCCAGCUACCUCAUGGGCCUGCUGGGAAAUGACACUCUGAGUGUCGUGGCUUCAGAGCACCGUCCAUUUCUCACCAAGCAGAGAGCUCUGGGCAAAGAAGAUUUCACUAAGAUCCCUCAUGGGGUGGUUGGAGUCCAGGACAGGAUGAGCGUCAUCUGGGAAAGAGGAGUGGUGACGGGAAAAAUGGACGAGAACCGUUUUGUAGCCGUGACCAGCUCCAAUGCUGCAAAGAUUUACAAUCUGUAUCCUCGUAAGGGACGUAUCGUCCCUGGAGCUGACGCUGACGUGGUGGUCUGGGACCCCGAUGCAACAAGGACGAUCUCUGUGAGCACUCAGGUGCAGGGCGGGGACUUUAACCUGUACGAGGGGAUGCGCUGCCACGGCGUGCCUCUAGUCGUCAUCAGCCGAGGUCGUCUGGUUUGUGAGAACGACGUGUUCAUGUGUGCCGAAGGGUCAGGGAAGUUCUACCCACAGCGCACCUUCCCGGACUUCCUCUAUAAGAAGAUGGUCCAGCGAGAAAAGAAUCAAGCUUAUAAAGGAGUAGACAGGGACCCCUACUCUGGAGAUGUGGCCAAGGUUGCAAACACGAUGAAGAAAGAGCUCUGUUUGGGCCCUAUAGACGGAGAUGCAGCCAACAAACUGGGUGGUCGGGUUCACCAGGGGGUCCGAGACCUGCACGAGUCCUCCUUUAGCCUCUCAGGCUCUCAAGUGGACGACCAUAUCCCGAAGAGGUCCUCGGCUCGGAUCCUGGCCCCCCCUGGCGGCCGCUCCAGUGGGAUUUGGUAAUCGGUGGUGCUGAAACUCCAGCGCUCCGAGCCUCUGUGUUUUAUUUUAUUUUUAAGCAACCAGGAAAAACUGCACUGAUUUUCAACCACAGAAUCUGAGUUUAAUGAAGAAAAUGAAUUCAAGCAUGAGUCCGGUAAUCAGCGGUUUGCAAACGUUACGUUUUGGUUUAAUUGGUGAGAACAAAAGCGAAGGAGCCAUCUAUAGAUAUAAAACGUUUCUCCAAACUCAAGCUAACCUUACUAAAAUGGAUCUGCUUUUCUUACACAGACACAAACCUGUGAAAGAUCAAAACCAGUACAGUUUUUGAUGGUUUAAACUGAAGUGAUGUUGACUGAAAUAUUUUUAAAAAAAGUAGGUGGAUUCUGUGAAAAACCAUUCAAACCUGUUCACACACAGCUCACUGUAAACACCAUUAGCUUUAUUCUGUUUGUGUUUAAACCACCUACUUCCUGCCGCGACACUGAGAGAGAGGGGUUUGGUUUCCAGCGGACCAACGGUGGUGUGGUGAUGAAAUCCAACUGCUUCGAACACCAUGUGAUCGUAGAGCUCCGUCUUGACUCUGACACAGAUCCUAUGAACACCCUGCCUGACCUGAAACGUAGCGAGCUCAUGGCUUUUCUGGAAUCUGAGGUUUAGUCUCAGUUAUGAUUUCACUAAAGCUAAAUGUCUGCAUCCUCAUCAUCCUAUCUGUGGGUUUAAAAACCUCACAGGGCAAAUAAAGGCAUGACUUAAUGUUCACUGUUGUCAUGGGGGAAGGCUUCUGCUGUAGUAUUUUUCUGCUAACCCAAAUCAAGACAGUAAGGGUUAUUGUGAUUCACAUCAAUAGAGGAGGAAUGCAUUCUCCUCAUUCCAGAGAUUACUGGAAAACAAUAAACACAAAAGCCUUGUUUCCCUAAAGAUUAAACCAGACUGAUGCCUUUUUAUUCGGCCUGUUUUAAACAGGUUUUUAAACAUAAAUUAUUCUAUUAAACAUCGAUGUAUAGUCAUCAUUAUCCCCUUAGUCACAGGGACCAAUGUCGCAAAUACAUCAGUGCUUAUAGCGAAAGAGCUGUGGUUGCUAACAAUUUAAGGUUAAAACUGGAAUAGAUUUUCCAUCACUUAUUUGACUAAGCUUUUGUUUAUUUACCUUUCAGUGUUGCUUUAUGACACAAAAAAAUGACCUGUGUCCUGUUAGAGCUGCUUCCACAUCAAGUCUCAACAGGAUCCAUGUGUUAAUUCUUAUCUCUACUAUUUAAAAAAUAGGAUCAGUCAUUGUUGUAAAAGCAUUGCAUCGCCAACAGAUAACUUUUAAGACAACCAGUUUCAGAGCAAAGAAACCUCUAGAUUUCAGCAGCAUCGGAUCUUGUCAUGACCUGUGGGUGAAGCUCUGUGUUUGUAGGGAUUGUUGUUAGAGCGGUGUUUCUCCACGGUGCAGGAAGACUGAGCUGCACACACUGAAGGCCGAAGAAAACCACAGAUCCUCUCACCUCUUGGUGACAUCUCACUCCUGCCAACCAGUGUUAUAUUAUACAUGAACAUGUAUUUUUGUCUGGUACUAUAUAUAUUUUGAAAUGUUUAUUUUCUUUUUGUUGAAUGAAUAAAUGUGCCAUUGGGAAUCACCUGUGCCACACUGUUAAUGCAUGGAGAGCAACACUCAGAGAGGCUAAAGUCUCCGAUAUCCCACAGAUUCAUAAAAACUGGUGCUUUUUUCUAGGACAAGGUUAUUUUAUUGUUGGGUGUUUAUUUGUUUUGUUGAAGGCACUGUGACUGCUCGAUGAUUUUGUGUGUAGACUCUUGUUGUGUUGGAAAGUGAACCUGUUGUAUCUGUAAGUGGUUGCUUGUUUCUUACCACAAGAAUAACAGCAAAUAAACGAAGAACAACAUAAAAA